AUGUUAAAGUUGCGAAUUUUUCCUUUGAGACAGUUGAGGAGGUUAUCAUCUGAUUACAGAAAUCGUGAAGUACUUACAGAUUUUCACUAUACACCUUUUGAUGAUGACAAUCAAGGACCUAGAACAAGUUUAUCUCGUUUAAAUGAUGAGAUGUUGCAAUGCCAGCAAAUUGGUAUUGGUAGCAUUAGUAAAUAUGGUUUUCGUCUCUAUGAUGGCCAAUUCCUAUAUGGUCCGAUAGCGAUUUUUCCUAAAGCCGUAUUAUCAUGGCGCGUUUUGACUCCUGAUGAUAUCACUCCAGAUUCUUUGCUUUUUUUUACAAUGCUUGAACCAAAAUUAGAAGUACUGGUCAUUGGAGCGGGUGAUCGUCAACAUGUUGAUCCGGUUCGGCGGCGAGUCAUUCCUUUCUUAUCCAAACACAAAAUUGGACUCGAAAUAAUGCACUCGGAAGAAGCAGCAAUGAUGUUUAACUUAUUAAAUAUUGAAUAUCGAUGUGUAGCUGCUGCACUUUACCCACCGGAUGAAUUGUUAGUGACGACUAAUGAUCAUUCCCGUCUUAUGAAAAUGUACGGAAAUGUACUAGAUGGUACAUUUAAAAGUGAAGAUGAGAGACUCGAAUUAGCAAAAAAAGCACUGCGUAAAUAUCUUCCAAGAAAAGACGCUAAACGAUUAGAUGAAUUAGAGAGUUCUAGAUUUUUGCUGCCGAAGAAUACUUUCAAUGAUGACAGUGGGUCGGCUAAGUAA